GACAUUAUUAUGAUGCUUGUCUUGCUUUCUUAGGACACUGAUGAGUUUAUCUUGCCAACUGGGGCAAAUAAAACCCGUGGUCGCUUUGAGCUGGCCUUCUUCACCAUCGGGGGAUGCUGUAUAACAGGCGCUGCUUUUGGGACACUUAAUGGUCUCCGUAUGGGCCUGACAGAAACUAGAGAUAUGCCAUGGUCAAAACCCAGAAAUGUCCAAAUUUUGAACAUGGUCACACGACAAGGCGCAUCAUGGGCCAACACACUAGGAUCUGUGGCUCUUUUGUAUAGUGUUUUCGGUGUGGCCAUUGAGAAGGCUAGGGGCGCAGAGGAUGACCUCAACACAGUGGCAGCCGGAACGUUAACAGGGAUGCUUUUUAAAUCCACAACUGGACUCAAAGGAGCUGCCAGAGGAGGUCUCGUUGGUUUAGCCAUGUCAGGCCUGUAUGCUCUUUACAGCAACUGGGAUCACCUGAAGGGGACAUCGCCUUCACAUUACUGAGGAUGACUGAGAGCUCAAACCAUGGACUUAUUUUGACUCUGAGCCCAUUUUUAAUUUUAUGACCCCCUUUUGGAGAUGCAUCCAUUUCUUCUUUAUGAAACCCGUGGACCACCACACAUGCACAGACUUCUUCAGUUACAUUAAGUGUAAUAUUUAAAUGGAAGAGCCAGACUGCCUCCAGAUUACUUGGUGUGGACUAAGUAGCUGUGAAUUUGCUGGUACUGUACAUGUCUUUUUUUGGUGUAAGUUGCAGGAACUCUGUAUCCUUUAAUCAUGGUUUUAUCUGUUCUCAUUGUGGAUUGAUGCAUUUUGUCAGUGCAGACUAAACUGGCUGCUUCCUCUCUGAAACUGUAAAAAAUAAAAUACAAGUUUCCACUG